CCUUUUUGUGCGCUGGCGAUGCGGUGAUGGUCGCGUUUUUAUGACGCGUAAGCAGGAGGCGGAGCCUUUAUGUUUGAACCGAACGCGCGAUGCGGAAGGUUUUGUUUUCCGUUAAAACAAAACAGAAAUAUGACAAAUAAGUUUGAAUAAAGUCGAUUUUUUGUUGUUGUAGUUGUACAACCAGGUCCUUAUAGGAGUAUUUUGGCUGCUCCAUCAUGCCUAUCCGGGCGUACUGCACCAUCUGCUCGGAUUACUUUGACCAUUCCAGAGAUGUAGCAGCGAUCCACUGUGGUCACACGUUCCACUACGCCUGUCUUCUACAGUGGUUCCAGUCAGCUCCCACUAAGACCUGUCCCCAGUGCAGGAAGCAGGUCAGCACCAGACACAUCAUCAACAAGCUGUUCUUCGAUGUAGCGCCGGACGAAGAGGGAUCUGCAGCCGACCCCGAGAGCCUGCAGAACGAGUUGGACCGAAUGAAAGUAGUUUUAUGUGAAAAAGAGAGAGACUGGAGAGACAAACAGAAAGCGGCCGAGGCUCUGAAGGAGACGAUCGAGAAGCAGAGAGCCGACCUGGACAGAGUGAGGAGGGAGAUCGGAGAGAAGGAGAUGCUCUGUACCACCCUGAGAAAGCAGAUGCAGUAUUUGGAGAGUCAGCAGAGAGAAAGCGAGGCAGCUAAAGAGGAGGCCAAGAGGCUGCGGGUCAAAAUGAAAACCUACGAAAGCCUGGACAUGGUACUGCAGGGUCAGAGGGCAGAGGUGGAGGCCAUGAUCUCGGACAUGGGCGUGGGACAGUCGGCUGUGGAGCAGCUCUCCAUCUACUGCAUCUCUCUCAAAAAAGAGUACGACAGUCUGAAAGUCUGCCUCCGGACCUCCAACGAGAUGUGCGAGAAGCUGAAGAGGGAAGUGUUCUGCUCUAAUAACAAGUUGCAGAAAGUCACGCUAGAGAUGAACCGAGCGAAGGAGGACAUGAAGGCUUUUCAGAAUGACCUCGCCAACUCGGAUAAAGAGAUCACGAGUCUAAAGAAGAAAGUGGAGAUCCUGCAGAAGACCCUGAGCACUCCCACACGCACCAACGAGGCCAUCAGCCGCCUCGUGUUCGAGAGCCCCGCCCCCAUCGAACUCAAGUCCCCACGCCUGCACCGGCCCUCAGACAGCCAGGACAUCGACCUCAACAUGACCUUUGACAUCAGCACACCUGAGCAGGUGGAGAAGAAGCCCGCGGCCGUCCCCUCGAAGAAGAUGCGCCUGGAUCAGGCAGCGACGUCGUCCAAACACUGCGAGAACACGUUCGGGAGUAAGAUCUCACACCCUAAAGAUGACGAGGUUUCCAUGGAGCCCAUGUUCAGGAACUCUCUGCUUUUCAGGAAGAAGAUGUUCGGCAGCAUGCUCGACCCGCACAGCAAACCUGGAGCUGUAAGAACGGGCUACGAUGGACUCGGAGGAAGGACCAAAUUCAUCCAGCCCUCUCCGCUGGCUGAGAUCCGGCCGCUCGUCAUGAAGGCAAAGAGGAAGAAAGUGUCGAGGCCAGCGCCGAGCAAACUGACCCCUAACCUCGCCACACUGGACGGAUUCCUGGAGUGACCUCUGACCUUUCUCGUUUGUCUCUAAAUAAUGUGGGGUAAUAAACACAUGGGUGGUGUGUGUGUGUAU